AUGCGGACGUGUUUGACAGUUCUUCGCGAAUGGAGCGGCGAAAAUCCUGAAAACAACAAGUUCUGCUUCUGAAAAUCAUCUUCACACUGUCACAUCUUCAGUGUCGAGUCACACGCGCACGUAACCAUGCGUUAACGUGGAGAAAACGGGAAUGAAUGAACACGUGAAGCGGGAGAAAACAGGCCAUUACCAGCGGUUAGCGUCACGAAGAGACGAGGAGUGAGGAUCGGAGGAUUCGCUCCUCGUCGGUCAUCUCUUCGAUAGACGAUCUUUUGCUAGCUGAAGGUCCUCCGCCAUCGAGCGGCUAGCUGCGCUCUCGCUCCGUUAUGAUGCCUGGUGACGGCAGCAUGAGCUCCAUCGUCCAGAGAGUAGCUCGACAGGCGCUCGUCACGUUCAGGAGUCCGCCGCGGUCCGGCCAGGAGGCGGCCAAGUCCUUCCUAGAGAACCACAGCAAACUCAAGAGUCUCAUGACGGAAGUGCGAGCGGCGGACCUGAAGCUCGUCCCGCGGGGAGCCGACGACGGCGCCGCCGGCGGCGCGGCCGCUGCGCGCACGUGCCACGGUUCGCCGCCAGUCACCUACAUGCACAUCUGCGAGACGGACCGCUUCAGCAUGGGGGUGUUCCUGCUGAAGAACGGCGCGUCCAUCCCGCUGCACGACCACCCGGGCAUGCACGGCAUUCUCAAAGUCAUGUACGGCAAGGUCAGGAUCAGCUGCUUCGACCAGCUGGAGCGGCCGGCGGGCGGCGCGCAGGCGGCGGCGGUGCGGCGCUCCGUGCUGCGCUCCACCGGGGAGUUCACGGAGGAGAGCGGCCCGUGCGUCCUGUCACCUGAGCGGGACAACCUGCACCAGAUCGACGCCGUGGACGGACCCACGGCGUUCAUGGACAUCCUGGCGCCGCCGUACGACCCGGACGACGGCAGGGACUGUCACUACUACCGCGUCGUGUCGGACGCGGAGGUUUCCAACGCGGAGCAGGAGCAGAAGGAGGUGUGGCUCAUGGAGAUCUCUCAGCCUCCAGACUUCUGGUGCGGAGGAGAGCCGUACCUGGGCCCGGAGGUCCGCCUCUGAUGGACUUGGUUCUGGACUGUUUUGGACCAGCUGGUGUUGAAGGUCAGGCCCUUUCAUCAGCUCUGAUUCACGCCUGAAGAUUCCACCUGCUCCUCCCUGUUCUGACUCAGCAGAUUGUCCCUCUGCCUUCGGACCCAGAAAGAAAUGAGAAAGCUCAGUUUAAAAACUGAAAACAGACAAACCAACUAAUCUGUUUUAAUGGACCUGUCUUCCUCAGCUGAUGCUGGUAGUUUAACACUCACCCUCUCUGUUAUUUAACCUUUGCAGGUGAUGCUGCUUUUGCGAGUGAUCAUUUGUGUGACACAGUUCAAUCCAGACUCAGACGUGUCCCUGGGAUUCUGGUCCGAAACAACAUGAGCUGUGACAUCAUUCAGAACAUGCUAAGAGACUCUGGAGCUUGUGGGUUUUCUUGUUCUCAAAACAUGAAAUCAUGCGUUCCUAAUUUUUAUUUCAAUGUAAAAAAUCAAAGGGCUUGUUCCAGGGCCUGAUCCAGGAUCGGAUGGUUGUCAUGGAGACGUGAGCAGUCAUGUGUAAAUCAUGCUGGUUAUUUUGCCUAAA